AUGAUCUAUUUUAAUUUAAAUGUAGAAAAUUCUCUUAUAUUUUGUAUAGAUAAGGCAGAGAAAGGUAUCAGUAAAUGCAUUUUUGCGUCAAUGUAAAUUUAGAUUCCAGAAGUAGAAGUAAUUCAUAUAAUUAAUAAAGCCUCUUACAUGAGAAUACUUUGGAGAGAAGAAUGCAAAGUAAUUUUCUGCAUUUUAGAGAAUGAUCUAAAGUUUAAGAAGAAAGGUCAGAUUUUUGCACUUGAUAUUAAAAUUGCUACUUUUGACUGUUUAUUAUCAUUUUCCUUAGUAUUCAAGUCUUAUUUGUUUCCUAAUUGGCUUAAAUACUUUUUUUACAAACUUAAAUCAGCUUGUCCACUAUGGGUAAAGUUAGGACUAUGGUUAGCAUCGAGGAGAUAUUUUUGGAUAUAAAAUUAUUAAGGCAUUAGAAUGAUUAAGAGAAGAUACUUUACCUCAUUCGAUAGAAAAUACUAAUUAAUAAUUUAAAUAAAUGCUUUUGAGGAGCUUGAAAAAAACUAUUGCUUCAGUUACAAUAGCUCAAGUGCAUAGAGCUAAAUUAAAGAGAGAAUAAGUUGCUAUCAAACCUAGACGUCUAAAUAUUAAAGAUAAUUUAGUGAUGGAUAUAAGAAUUUUAUAAAAGGUUGCUAAUUUUUUAGUAAAACUUUAAAAAUUAAACAACGAAGAAUGGCUAUAGCAUUAGAAGAAUUUAAAAAAGCUCUUUUUAAUUACACUAAUUUAACAUUUAAAAAGAGAAACCUUAAGGUUUUUUAUAAAUUUAAAAAUAACCCUAAUGUUGUAUUUCUUAGACCUAUGAAGAAAAUGUAUCAGCAGAUAUUCUAACUGAAACAUAUGAAGAUGCAAUACCUUUGA